AUGGCCCAGUCAUACGACGACAAGAACGUUAAUGAUGACACCUUCUGCAUCGCGAUAGGAAUGACGUUCGACGACUGGACUUGGAGGGCGUCGGUGGGGUGGAGUUUCAUAUUUCCCUUAACGGUGGGGUACGGGGUUGCAUUCAAAUGGUUCAAAUCCAAGUACUCCCUCGAACUACCAAAACAACUUAUAUUUAGGAUCGUAGGAAGUAUACUAUAUUGCAAAAACAUUGGUUACACCGACGUCGGAAGUCGUCUCAGCGGCGAAGUCGAAAUCUGCCUUCAUAGGCUAACAAAAGUUACUCCCUGUAUGGCCUCCGAGGCGGCGAAGGUGCCGGUGCCGGAGUCGGUGAACUUCAAGAGGAAGAGGGGAGAGGUCUGGGCCGCCGCGAAGAAGCAGAAGGUCGCCGACGAGAAGAAGAAGGACGCGGAGAACACCAAGGUCAUCUACGCCCGCGCCAAGCAGUACGCCGGGGAGUAUGAGGCUCAGGACAAGGAGCUGGUGCAACUUAAGCGUGAGGCCCGGAUGAAGGGUGGGUUCUAUGUCAGUCCUGAGGCAAAGCUGCUGUUUGUCGUCCGUAUCCGUGGUAUCAAUGCUAUGCACCCAAAGACCAAGAAGAUCUUGCAGCUUUUGCGUUUGAGGCAGAUUUUUAAUGGUGUGUUCCUUAAGGUCAACAAGGCCACCAUUAACAUGCUGCGUCGGGUUGAGCCAUAUGUUGCUUACGGGUACCCUAACCUCAAGAGUGUCAGGGAGCUGAUCUACAAGAGAGGUUACGGAAAGCUCAACAAGCAAAGGAUUCCUCUGACCAACAACAAAGUCAUUGAGGAGGGUUUGGGGAAGCACAACAUCAUCUGCAUCGAGGACCUUGUGCAUGAGAUCUUGACCGUUGGCCCACACUUCAAAGAGGCGAACAACUUCCUGUGGCCAUUCAAGCUUAAGGCACCACUCGGUGGCCUGAAGAAGAAGAGGAACCACUACGUUGAGGGUGGUGACGCUGGUAACCGUGAGAACUACAUCAACCAGCUUGUUAGAAGGAUGAACUAGGUUGAAGGAGCUCCUUGAUAAUACCCUGUGUUGGAAGGAUAAACUUGUUUCACAUUAGGAAGCGGAUGAUGAAUAUGCAUGCGUUUUUUGUAUUGAGAACUAGACAUGUUUGGAUGAAAUCUCACAUUUCCCCUAGAA